AACUCGGCCCGACGGCCGCAGGCAGGGGCGGGAGCCGCGAGCCGCGCUGCAUGGCUAGGCGGCAGCUGGGGCGGGCGGCGGCCCCGGGGGAUGGAGCUGCUGGAGAUAGACCUGGAGGGCGGGAGCUCCUGGGAAGCCGCGGCAGGAGCGGGGAGCCCCGGCCCGCAGCGCCAGGGCGCUAGGGGCAGGGGCGGCAGCAGCGCGGACAGCCUGGCCGAGGAGGAGGCGGAGGAUCCUGCGGGCAGGUUCCCCAGCACCUCGUCCCUGGUGAGCGGCCUCCUGACCGAGCUGUAUAGCUGCGGGGGCCGCGCCCGGCACCGGGACAGCGUGGACAGCUCCACCGAGGCGUCAGCGGGUUCCGAUGUCUUCCCCGGGGGCAGAGGCAGCAGCGCCGAGUCCCGCUUCCUCCAGGAGCUGCAGCAGCGGCCGAGCCAGCGGCACCAGAUCGAGUAUCUGGGCCAGAAAGAUGCUGAUGAACUGGCAACUAUAGUACGAGAACUGAAUUACAGAAUUUGUGUUCAGUCAGCAAAGCUGCUUCGUCAUCUGAAGCAGAAAGAUAGGCUUUUACAUAAAGUGCAGAAGAACUGUGAUAUUGUCACAGCCUGUUUGCAAGCCGUUUCCCAGAAACGCCGGGUUGAUACAAAGUUGAAGUUCACUCUUGAACCAUCUUUAGGUCAAAAUGGUUUUCAGCAGUGGUAUGAUGCUCUCAAAGCAGUGGCCAGACUGCCAACAGGAAUACCAAAGGAGUGGAGGAGGAAGGUUUGGCUGACCCUAGCAGAUCACUACUUACAUAGUAUAGCAAUUGACUGGGAUAAAACUAUGCGCUUCACUUUCAAUGACAGAAGUAAUCCUGAUGAUGACUCCAUGGGCAUUCAGAUUGUAAAGGAUCUUCACCGAACUGGUUGCAGUUCUUACUGUGGCCAGGAGGCAGAACAGGACCGAGUCGUGUUGAAACGAGUUCUCCUGGCUUAUGCUAGAUGGAACAAAUCAGUUGGAUAUUGCCAAGGCUUUAAUAUACUAGCUGCACUCAUCUUAGAAGUAAUGGAAGGCAACGAAGGGGAUGCCCUGAAAAUCAUGAUUUAUCUAAUUGAUAAAGUACUGCCUGAUAGCUAUUUUGUCAAUAAUCUUCGUGCAUUAUCUGUGGAUAUGGCUGUUUUCCGAGAUCUUUUAAGAAUGAAACUUCCUGAACUGUCCCAGCACUUGGAUACGCUUCAGAGAGCUGCAAAUAGGGAAAGUAGAGGAGGCUAUGAACCCCCACUUACCAAUGUCUUCACAAUGCAGUGGUUCCUGACCCUCUUUGCUACAUGCCUUCCUAAUUAUACAGUUUUAAAGAUCUGGGAUUCAGUAUUCUUUGAAGGUUCUGAAGUUAUACUGAGAGUAGCACUGGCUAUCUGGGCAAAGUUAAGCGAGCAGAUUGAAUGCUGUGAAACUGCAGAUGAAUUCUACAGUACCAUGGGCAAACUAACCCAGGAGAUGCUGGAAGACAAUCUAAUUGACAGCAAUGAACUCAUGCAGACUGUUUAUUCCAUGGCUCAGUUUCCUUCACAACUGGCAGAAUUAAGGGAGAAAUAUACAUACAACAUUACUCCAUUCCCUGCAGCAGUAAAAUCAACUUCAGUUUCAGGAAGGCUCGGCAGAACCAGAGAUAGUGAUGAGGAGAAUGACCUGGAUGAUGAAGAUUCGGUUGCCAAUGCAGUUGGCUGCCUUGGACCAUUCAGUGGGCUCUUGGCACCAGAGCUACAGAAGUACCAAAAACAAAUCAAAGAUCAGAAUGAAGAACAGAGUUUGGGCUCUAGUAACAUUGCGGAACUAAGUCCAGGGGCAAUAGACUCCUGUAGAAGUGAAUACCAUGCUGCUUUUAACAGUAUGAUGAUGGAGCGUAUGACCACUGACAUUAAUGCAUUGAAAAGGCAGUAUUCCCGAAUAAAGAAGAAGCAGCAGCAGCAGGUUCACCAGGUGUAUAUCAGAGCAGACAAAGGGCCGGUUACCAGUCUUCUCCCCUCUCAGGUAAACCAUUCUCCAGUGAUAAACCACCUUCUUUUAGGAAAGAAGAUGAGGGCGACUAAUAGAGCUGCCAAGAAUGCAGUCAUUCAUAUCCCAAGUCACACAGGGGGCAAAACGUCACCAAUUCCCCAUGAAGAUCUUAAAACAAAACUCAACUCUCCCUGGCGCACUCACAUCCGAGUACAUCGAAAGAAUAUAGCUAGAGCCAAAUACCAGCUGGGCUACGGGGAUACCAUAGGACUCAUAGAAGAGCAGCGGGAAGGCUGCAAACCAAAUAGCUGCAGUGCAAAGGAGGACCCUCCAAGCAAUUCUGAUUUGGGGGAAAGAGAGGGAAGUGGCUUGGAUAACAGGACUAUUCGGAAAGUUGAUGGACAGUCAACUGAGCCACUUUACAAGGAGACCAAUGCAAAUAUGUCAGUUGUUCAGCUGAAAUUAGAAGCACUAGAACUCACGCAAAAUAACAAACCUGAUGCUGAGCCAAUGACCAAUCCGUCCUGCCCAACACACUUAUCAGAAUCACCUAGUUUAUCCAGUGACAGUGGAACAUUGGCUAAAUCUCCCCAACCCAUCAAUCCUAAAUUACAAGUGUUUAGCCCUUUUCCCAGCGUCAAACCUCUUCGAAAGUCAACUGCAGCCCGCAAUUUAGGUUUGUAUGGCCCAACUGAAAGAACUCCAACAGUGCAUUUUCCACAAAUGAGUAGAAGUUUCAACAAGUCUGCCAACGGGAACAGCGGGACUAAAAAACGAUGAUGUACCAUCAGCACUUUAUAUUUCUGGGAAAAAAAUGUAUUGAUUGUUUUGUGUGUGUGUGUGUGUGUGUGUGUGUGUAUGUAUGUGUCCAAAAGAGUUUUUAAAUAGUUUAAUUCUUUAAAUGAAAUAAUGGGAACAAAUUGGUUUACAGAUAUAUAAAUAUGUAUCCUUGAAAAUUAUGCUCUUGUAAUGUAUGGAUAGAUUAGGGAAGAUGCACUGUGGCACACCAUGUAGAUUAUAAUGGUUCUGUGAUAAAAUAAACAUUGAUUUGCAA